UUUUAAAGCAUCCAUGAAUCAGUUUUUAAAUGUAUAACAAUUUUUGGUUCCCUUGAAAAGUGCUAUAUAAAUUUAAGUUAUUAUUUAUUGUUAUUACAUUAUAUGAGGAACUCUUCUGUCCUUUGGCUAUGACUUAUAAUGACUGACCAUAUUGUCACUUCAGGGGGCGUGGUUAUAUGGAUCACUUGGUAAGAGGCUCUUUGAAGAGAUACAAAAGCUCAGGUUCUGAAAGCAAACGAGAAAGUUGAGCUGAGAAAGAAAAGAUUAGCAGCAGCUUUUUCUCUCACAAGACUGAUCAGCAAUUUGAGUUCAUGAUGCAGCUUUAUGCAGCUCUGAUCCUGAGUGUGACUCUGUCUGCAGCAUGUGGAUUAAGAUGCUACACAUGCUACCUGUCAGAUCCUAAAUCCUGCAUAGACACCACAACUUGUACUUUUGGCCGCAACCGUUGUGGCACUCUUACAAUAAACGCUCUUAAUGUAAGUAAGGGCUGCCUGCUCAGUCAAUACUGUGCUGACCCUAUCGCUUGCUGUGAAGGGGACCUGUGUAACAGCGCUAUUCCAACUGGUCCCAGAGCCAUCGUUCUGCUGGUAUCUUCAGCCAUCCUCAAAUUUAUUUUCUGAGGUUGUGAAAUGAUGUUGUUUCCCUGCUGCACUUCAGAUUCUAUUUUGUAUCAGUAGGGAAGAAUUAAACAACUUUGAAGUGCCUGAAAUAAAACUGUCAUUGUGUUUUUUCAUCUGUCAUUCAGGGAAGUUGUGGGUUUGACCUAUCAAAAUACUGUAUUGGUGAAUGUAAUGUUUUCCUAAAGCAAAUAAAAAUACAGAAA